AUCUUACCCAAACCAUAACAUCAUUCUUUGUGCGAGACUCCGAUAUCCCGUUAAAAGGCUUAUCCUGAAUUUUAAUAGAGAAGGCCCAGCAACCAAACAAGAAUGAGCAGAAGCAAAGCAGGGGUGACCGUGGCGUUCAUCGCAACGCCCGCCGUCGGGAACCUUGUUCCGGCCGUUGAGUUUGCGCAGCGCCUAAUCGAUCGCGACCCUCGAAUCUCAGCCACCAUCCUCAUCAUCACAAUCCCCCAGCGGCCCAUUGUCACCGAAUACGCAGCCUCGCGCCCCGCCUCCGCCCCCCCCGGCCUCCGAUUCGUCCACCUCCCUCCGGUGGACCCUCCUCCACCGGACCAUUUCCAGUCCUCCAUCGGCUUCAUCUCCAUUCUCAUAGAGAGACACAAACCCCACGUCAAGCGCGCCCUCGCCGACGUGGUUUCGUCCGACUCCGACUCGGUCUCACUCGCGUGCUUGUUCCUCGACAUGUUUAGUACCACGAUGAUCGACGUCGCCCUCGAGCUGGGCGUCCCUUCUUAUUUGUACUUUGCAUCUCCGGCAGGUUUUCUUGGUCUCAUGCUCCACCUGCCGACGAUCGAUUCCCUGAUCAGCGGUGAGCUCGACGAUUCGGAUUCUGAGUUGAUUAUACCGAGUUUUGCGAACCCGGUUCCGGCAACUGUGUUGCCCUCGGCAGUGUUGCGCCGGAAAAGGGAUGGAUACUCUUGGCUUCUCUACCAUGCUCGCAGGUACAGAGAAACGAGGGGCAUUAUUGUGAAUACAUUUCAAGAACUAGAGCCUUUUGCUCUCAACUCUCUCUCUGCGGACCAGGUAGCGCCGGUUUACCCGGUUGGGCCAGUACUUGACCUCCUCGGACCGGCCCAGUGGCAUUUCGAUCCGCCGCAAAACGAGGCAAUCGUCAAAUGGCUGGAUGACCAGCCCCCAGCUUCCGUAGUGUUCUUGUGCUUCGGCAGCAUGGGAAGCCUGGGUGCAGCCCAAAGCAGAGAGAUAGCCCUCGGCUUAGAGCGAACCGGGUGCCGGUUCUUGUGGUCGCUCCGUCAACCGGCCGAGGCCCAGCUAAGCCUUCCGACUGACUACGCGGAUCUGGAGGGGGUGUUGCCCAGAGGGUUCUUGGAUCGGACGGCUGGGCUGGGCCUGAUAUGCGGGUGGGUUUCACAGGUAACAGUUUUGGCUCAUAGGGCCGUAGGAGGGUUCGUUUCUCAUUGCGGCUGGAACUCGAUUCUAGAGAGCCUGUGGUUCGACGUGCCGAUUGCCACUUGGCCCAUAUACGCAGAGCAACAGAUGAAUGCGUUCGAGAUGGUUAGGGAAUUGGGCUUGUCGAUGGAGAUUAGACUGGACUAUCGGCAUGGUGGCGAGCUGGUGCGGGCGGAGGAGGUGGAGAGAGGAGUGAAGCAGCUGAUGGAGGGUGAUGGGGAGGUUAGGAGAAGGGUUCAGGUGAUGGGAGAGAAGGGUCGGACGGCUGUGAUGGAAGGUGGAUCAUCAUACCAAGCUGUGGGCCGUCUGAUUGAGGAACUUGUGGGUGGGAUUUGAGGCGAGGGGAUGUCCAAGUUGGCCCAUUUUUUUCCUUCCGACAUGAUGAGGUGUAAGAAACAAGGAGUGUUGAAUUCAAAUGUAUGUGGAUUUUAUUUCUUCUUCGUUUUUGAUUUCCAUCUUGGAUAUGUUUAUUAUAUAGUGCUAGCAUGUGCAUGUGCUUUGCAUGUGCUGACAUAUUUUAGUUUUGACAUUUAAAUAUGGAUACUUUUCAUAAUUUUGAUAUAAAAAUCCAUCUAUUUUGCCUCCCCCCAAAA